AUGGCAGGCGGCAAGAUCUUUGGGGGUGUGGAAUCUUGGGUGGACACAUCGAAGGCGGCAGGUUGCACAAGUCAGGUUCAGCAGUUGGGCUUGGAGAACACGAUUAGGCAGAUUGUGACCUUGAAGUACUUCUUCUACUCUCCCAACUUGGUCUGGCUCAUCCUGGCUUUCGUGAUCUAUGCCGUGGCCCCUUACGACAUUCCAGCGGCCAGAACUUGGUCCUGGAGUUGGAUUCUGCCAAGGCUUUUCUUGAACUUGGCGGUUGCUUUUGCCUACUACGGCUUCUUCUACUUCGGCCUUUACAUCAGCAACUGGUCCAGCAGGAAGUUUUCCCCAGAGAAGUUUCCCACUGCGGGCAAUAUGGCGCACAACCUAUACUAUUGGUCGCUGGGUGUGCUGCAGUGGACACUUUUGGAGGCCCUGAUGCUUCGUUUGUGGGCCGUCGGCAAGGUGCCUUAUGUCACGGCUGGGGAACUCUUCUCUAGCCCUGCCCUGCUGUCCUUGAAUGUUUUCUGGGUGAUGAUUAUGCCGCUGUGGCGGGAUUUGCAUUUCUACAUUGCGCAUCGCUUCAUCCACAUCCGUGCGAUCUACAAGUAUGUACACAGCUUGCACCACCGAAAUGCAGAUCCCGAGCCGUUCUCAGGGCUCACCAUGCACCCGAUAGAGCACUUGUACUACUUCUCCAAUGCCUUCUUCCCUGCCCUGUAUCUGUCGGGGCUGUCUCCGUUUGUUUUCUAUUGGUGUUUCUUCCACUUGGCGAUUGCCCCAGCUGCCGGACACAGCGGCUGGGAGGAUCAUUUCCAAUCGGAUCAGUACCACUACUGCCAUCACGCCAAGUUCGAGUGCAACUACGGCUCUCCGAUGAGUGGCUUUAUCGACCAAUGGUGUGGCACCUUCCGGGAGAAGUUGGGAGAGUCCAAGGAGUACAAGGGACAGUACAGAGAUGAGAACAACAACAUCAACACCAAGACUUGGGCUGCGGAGUCUUACCUGGGCUUGCCGAAGGACGUGUACCAUGGCACUUACACACUUUUCUGGGCUGCCAUGGUGCCUUUGAUUGCUUGGGCAACGGCCCACCCAAGCCACCAGGCUGUUUCUCAGCUCACAGGCUUCAUCGUGGCCUUUGGCCCAGUGCUCCUGGCCUUGGCUCUGUGUCAUCUCUCUGGUGACAAGCUGAGCUGGCGCUGGCCUUUUCAGAAGGAGCGGAUCAUCGGACAGUUUGGGCUUUUCUUGACCCUUGGCUUCGUUGCCGUCUUGCUCCCAACUUAUCACGCUGUUUCCUGGAGUGUUGCUGCUGGGCUCUAA